AAGCCAGAAAACGUUUCGUGCGAAAAAGGGCUCUCCUUCGGGAAGCAAGGGGUUGCAACUAAAGAGGCACAUUGAUGCGACGUUGGGUAGCGGCAACUUGAGGGAAGCCGUGAAGCUUCCACCUGGAGAAGAUCUUAACGAGUGGUUGGCCGUUAACACUGUCGACUUUUUCAAUCAAGCAAACAUACUCUAUGCGACAAUCACAGAAUUCUGCACGCCGGCUACUUGUCCAAAAAUGUCUGCCGGAUCGAAGUAUGAGUACAGAUGGGCUGAUGGAGUCACCAUAAAGAAACCAAUAGUUGUUUCUGCUCCAAAAUAUGUUGAAUACUUAAUGAACUGGAUUGAGGCUCAGCUCGAUAAUGAGACCAUUUUCCCACAGAAGUUGGGAGUACCUUUUCCACCAAACUUUCAAGAUGUGGUGAAAACCAUUCUGAGGCGUUUGUUUCGAGUGUAUGCGCACAUUUACCACUCCCAUUUCCAGAAGGUCUUGAGCCUCAAAGAAGAGCCUCAUCUCAACACUUGCUUCAAGCAUUUCGUUCUCUUCACUUGGGAAUUUGGGUUGAUCGACAAGGCUGAACUUGCAGCUCUGCAGGAAAUCGUUGAGCCUAUCGUGCAAGGGUAG